AUGAAACAGAUUGAGCCAUCAUACAAAGGUUCGCGGUGGUCACAAUGGUCCCUGCAUAACUCAGGGCUAUACUACUAUCGAGCUCGAUACAUAUCAUUAGAAGACAUAUCAUCCAUACGACCUACUGGCAGGGACUGGUUUGUUCCCAAUGUCCGAGGCGGAUACAUUCACUAUGAGUCCAAGGCCGCCAAUGAGGCCGCAGCCCAGAGUUAUUCCAGUCAAGUCCCGGAGCUAUCGACAUGCUCUACCGCAACACCAACACCAACAACAAGUGACCCGCCUGCUCCUUUACCAGUCGCAUCGGGUCAAACGAACGAUGAGGCCGUUGCCGCUAAGCCGUUGCCGGAAGACAGCAUGUUGAUGAGCGGCGCUUUGCAGACAGAAGCAGUAGUGGUUAUAUCAAGUCCCGGUCAACUCAAGCGGACAUCAACAACAUCAAAAAAGCAGAAAGAGAAGAAGCACGGAAAGAAGACGGAAGUGGAUAAAAGAAAGCAGGUUAGCAAUAAGGCGAAGGUUAAUAAAUGGCUGGAUGCUCUAUGA